UAGCCAAAACAGCAGACGUCUAUGUAACUAACUUUUAGAUCUUACACUGCUAUAUAAUGAUUGAGUCCGAUUUUGAAUCACCACUGCCACAUAGAUCUAAUCAUAAUGAUAAACCACCUUCAGUAAUUGAAAGAUAUUUUAAAAAGAGAUACAAGACGGAUAAUAAAUAUGAAGACCAGUUGGUUUUGACUCAUUCUAAUAGAGUUUGUGUUGUCUGUGUAGCAAACUCACAUCCUUUGAUUGAACAAAAGAAAUCAGUGACAUCAGUCAGCUUUGGUGAAGAAGGGUGGAACAGAUUAGACAACAAAUUUUCUGGGAAAUCUAAAAGGGGUGCACAGUGGUUAGACUGCAAAGCACCUUUGUGUGAAGUUACAUGCAGCGAUGGUACUAAAUAUACAUUGGUUUGUUGUGUUAAAGGUCAGCUUAUAGAGGUGAAUGAAAAUUUACAGAAAACUCCCCAGCUGCUUAUUGAUAAGCCUCAUGGAGAAGGUUACUUAGCUGUUAUAUUACCUGGCUUAAAGUGGUUUGAGCAUGAAAUGAAGCAGUUAAAGUCUGAGGAGGACUACCAAAAUGAGUUGGAAAAAAGACUUCAUAAUUCUUGACAAACAAAUUGGAUGCCUUCAUUGUACAUUUAAACCUAUACAUGGUCAUUGACAUAAUUAGCCAUUUAUGAGUUUACAAUUACAGAGCUGAAUAAAACUCUUAAACUUU